GCCCUGGGAACGCCGCUUGCCUGGCCCGAAGCGAAGAAGGUCGCGGGACAGGUCCGAGAGUGGGGCAUUGAGGGCAAGGAGCGCGAUGCUCUCCUCUGGGGAGACGAGAUCGAGUACCUUGUCGUGACAUACGAUGACGACAAGCGUCAGGUCCGACUGUCGCUACGCCAGGCAGAUAUUCUCGAGGCUUUGGCUAGCGACGAGAAGCUCCUCGCCCAGGGCGGCGGUGUAGACGAGAUCCAGCGUGGCGCGGCCAGGUACGUUUUCGUUUGCUCCCUGCUCUACAAGCCGAGGUCGUACUCACGCGCGACANGGUCUGGCAAGACAGCUCCCGUCUUCCACCCCGAAUUCGGUCGAUUCAUGCUCGAGGCGACUCCCGGACGACCAUGGGGAAUUGACCUCAAGGACCUGCUUGACGUUGAGCCAGACAUGAAGUGGAGACGCAAGAUCGCAAAGGAGCAUAUGGAACCGAGCGAGUUUCCCGUUACCCUGACCACCUUUCCACGACUGGGAGCCAAAGAGCGUUCCAUCACUCCCGAGUACCCCUUGAACGGCGACAAGCUUAGAUCGCAGUUCCUGCCCGACGAGAUCGCGAAUCCUCAUAUCCGUUUCCCGACGCUGGCUGCCAACAUCCGCGCCCGCAGAGGCCGCAAGGUCGAGAUCAACGUGCCCGUGUACAAGGACGAGAAGACGACAUGGCCCUUCAACGACCCUACUGUCGAUUACGAUCUCCACACUUGGCCCGAGGAUGAUGAUGUCCGCAACGGAGCCGCAAAAGAGAACCACAUUUACAUGGACGCCAUGGCUUUCGGCAUGGGAAGCUGUUGUCUCCAGAUUACCUUCCAAGCAAAGAACAUUGACGAGGGUCGCAAAAUGUACGACCAGCUCAGCCCCAUUGGCCCGAUUCUGCUUGCUUUGACUGCAGCCACUCCUAUUUACAAGGGCUUCUUGGCCGACACCGAUGUCAGAUGGAACCAGAUCAGCAGAGCAGUUGACGACAGAACCCCAGAAGAGCUUGGCGAGAAGAUCCCCAAGUCUCGAUACGCUUCCAACUCCACAUAUAUUGCUCAAGAUCCUCGCCUACGCAAGGAAUACUUUGAUCCUAACCUUGUAGUUGAUCCUGACAUGAAGCAGAAACUCGUAGACGGUGGCAUGGAUGAUCUGCUGGCCACCCACUUUGCUCAUCUUUUCAUUCGCGAUCCCAUUGUUGUAUUCAACGAAGAUCUGAAGGAGCUGGAUCUGAACAAGGUCGACCACUUCGAGAACUUGCAGUCCACAAAUUGGCAACACAUGCGCUUCAAGCCGCCACCACCAGGCAACGACAUUGGCUGGCGAGUUGAGGUCAGACCUAUGGAGAUUCAGAUCACCGAUUUUGAAAACGCCGCCUUCUCCGUCUUUGUGGUCCUUAUCACUCGCGCAAUCCUCAGUUUCGACCUCAACUUUUACAUUCCUAUCCAAAAGACGACUGAGAAUAUGGAGACGGCACAUCUGCGUAACGCAGUCACAGAGCAGAAGUUCUGGUUCCGCAAGAAUCCCUUCCCAGCCACUAGACAACCGAGAUCCGGCACUUCGACACCGACGCAAUUCUCGCGUCCGCCCAGUCCUGCCGCUCCGGUCGAGGACGAAUACGAACUCAUGACUGUCAAUGAAGUCAUGAACGGCAAAGCUGACGGCUUCCCCGGUCUGAUCCCUCUGGUUGAACGUUAUCUGUCCAGCAUCAACGUCGACGUAGAGAUUCGUUGCGAAAUGGCCAGAUAUCUGAAGCUGAUCCGUCAACGCGCAACUGGCGAGCUCUGGACGGCAGCCAAAUGGAUCAGACACUUUGUCGCCGAGCACAAAGAGUACAACAAGGACAGCGUGGUAGGCGAAGGCAUCACCUUUGACCUCGUCAAAGCCGUCGAGCAAAUGACUGUCAAUGAAGGCAAAGAUGGCUUGGGCGCCGAGAUGUUGGGCCGCAGGAAG